AUGGCGAAGAUCACAAAAACGAAGAAGCGCAGGCUCAUCAAAACAUCCGACAAAACCAUUGAGAAAAAACUCAAAACCCAAAACCUCAAGCAAAAAUUAGAAGAAAAAGAAGAAAGAGAAGAAGAGCACCCUAACCCUAACCAGAAACAACCCCAAUCCAAUUCCGAUUCCGGUUCCGUCUCAGACUCAGACUCAGACUCGUCCGAGUCCGACGUAGAGAACCUCCCUGAACUACUCCAAGCCUACACCAAGGACCAGCUCAUCGAGCUCAUCGUCGAAGCGGCCUCCAAGGACUCGGCCCUCUUCAACCGCAUUCGGGACGCCGCAGACGGCGACGUUUCGCAUCGAAAGAUCUUCAUCCACGGCCUCGGCUGGGACACCACGCGCGAAACCCUUGUCGCUGCCUUCGAACCCUUUGGCGAGAUCGAGGAAUGCAAUUUGGUGUUGGACAAAGCCACUGGCAAGGCCAAAGGCUAUGGCUUCGUCCUCUUCAAAACGCGCCGUGGAGCCGCCAAGGCUUUGAAGAACCCUAAGAAGAACAUCAGCAAUAGAAUCGCUUCCUGUCAAUUGGCCUCGGUGGGUCCGGCCAACAACAACAACACGACGACUUCUUCGUCGUCGUUUAACGCUCAAUCGGACUCGGCAUCGAGAAAAAUAUACGUGAGCAGCGUGCCGCAUGAUGUUGAUGGUGAGAAAUUGAGAAUUUUUUUUGCUAAAUUUGGGGAAAUCGAAACUGGGCCAAUGGGUUUUGAUUCGCAGACCGGAAAAUGCAAGGGUUUCGCUCUGUUCCUGUACAAGACUGUGGAGGGUGCGAAGAAGGCUCUUGAAGAACCCUUCAAGGUGUUUGAAGGGCACCAAUUGCAAUGCCAGAAGGCGGCCGAAGGUUCCAAGAACAAGAACUCAGCUGUGGCGCCCCCGCAAGGGCAAAUGCAGCAGCCGACACUGGCUGCUGUGGCGGCAGCGCAGAAUAUGGCUUUGUUCGGUCAGCAUCCGAACCUUAACCCAUUGUACGGUGGAUUAAUGGGCAAUGUGGGUGGUGGGUUUGUUCCUGGGUCUGCUAACCCGGGUAUGGUGGCCCGAGCAUUGAACCCGGGUAUAAUGGGAGGGGCAUUGAACCCAAGUGUUAUUCCGGUAAGCCAAGUGGGCCAGGUGGGUGCUGGUGUUGGUGGGUACAGUGGAGGGUCUCAUGGGUUGGGUCUGCAGCACGUUUACCCAAAUACGCAGGUUCAGCAGCCGGGUUCUGGUAGGCCUCAGAGGGCUAGUGGGUCAUUCGCUGGGUAUACAUCAUAUAUGUGCAUAGAGAAAGUAAGCCGAGAACAGAUUACCAUAAAAGAGGCUCUAGAACUCCUUAAAUAG